AAACAAUGUACAUAAUUCAAAAUAUAUUUUAUUCUCUAAAUUAGAUUUGCCCAGUAGGUUAAUCUAAAUGAAGUUUAAGUCAAGUCUUAUUUUGGUUAUUGUUCUUUAAAAAAUGGUUAAUUAGUUUAUUCUCAGUAAGUCCCACAUUAAAAUACUGUUAUGUGUCAUACUAUAAAUACACAGAAUACAGGUUACAGUCUUAAUAGUGAAAGGUGAGGGUUAUGUGAAACACAAACCCUUCUCAAAGUCUAAACCUUAGUGUCAUAGCAAUCACCUAGUAGUUGGUGUGAACAAUUAAAUGGCUCUGACUUUAGCAAACUUAUUUGCGGUUUCUAUUUAAAAUAGACCACAGGAUAAGUAAGGGGGUUAAUACACAAGUUAAAGGUUACUGGGGUUAGAAAGGGUGUCAAGCUUAAGACGACUAUUAAUUCUUAUAUGGCUUUUAAAAGGCUUUUAAAGUGUUAAAACGUUUUCUUUGAACCUUUUUAUCGCUUUCUUUAGAUUUUCCAUUCGGUGGAAAUUAGAUGUAUUUACUGUAGGUGCAACACGUAAGGUCUUAAUCUGUGACAUCGCCACUGUCUGCGGCACGUCAAGGAUUUGUGGAGUGUAAGAUUAGAGCUCUACGUCGUCAUAAAUCUCUGCUUCUCAAUUCGACCGGGUGGUGGCAGGGGGGGCAGUUGCUAAGGUGUAGUCUGUGGUCUGUGGAUUGGGUGGAUAAAACGCUUGGGCGUCUGCGUAGGGUCAACCUCUAUGAAGUUUAUUUCAGGACAGGAAACUUCUAAUUGCCACAUUCACGUGGCUUUAUACUCUUUCUUAGACCUGAUUUUAUUUUUUUUAUUUUUUUGAGAACAAAUAGUUCUUGGAGUUGACCCAGAACUUUUUGUGGUGCUCUGCUGCGGCUCUCCAUGAUGAACUACUGCAUACCACACAUGUAUGAGAUGCCUCACGCUGGGGUGGGAGGCUACAUGGUGCAGGGCGAUGGGGAGGACUGCAAGUACCCAGGUGAGGGACUCGGGUAUGGACACUGUGAAACCCAGCCGCUGCACCAUCUGCCCUGCAUGGAGCAGGCUUGGCCUCCCAGCCAGCUCAACUCUUGCUUAUACGCUGGUGGCCCUCCGGUUUUUACGAGUGAGUUUUGCAGCAUGGAGAUCCCUCUUAGUCAUUUCCACCAUCAGCCUGAAUAUUUCCCUGAGAUCAAACCUGACUUCUCACACCUGCAGUGGAUGCAGGGGGCGCACAAGAAAGGGUACAUUCCAAGUUACCUGGACAAGGAUGAGCUAUGUGUAGUAUGCGGGGACAAAGCCACAGGCUAUCACUAUCGGUGCAUUACCUGUGAAGGUUGCAAGGGUUUCUUCAGGCGGACGAUCCAGAAGAAUCUCAACCCUACCUACGCCUGUAAGUAUGAGGCGAAAUGCGUCAUCGACAAAGUGACCAGAAACCAGUGCCAGGAAUGUCGCUUCAAGAAGUGCAUUGCAGUGGGAAUGGCGACCGACUUGGUAUUGGACAACAGCAAAAGGCUGGCCAAGCGGAAACUAAUCGAGGAGAACCGGGAGCGCCGUCGGAAGGAGGAACUGCAGAAAACUGUGUGGGACCGACUGGAGCCCACCCAGGAGGAGUGGGACCUCAUCCGUAUGGUGACUGAGGCCCACAUGGCCACGAACGCGCAGGGCAACCACUGGAAGCAGAAGCGGAAAUUCCUGGUCGAGGAAGCUAUGCUUCUUAAUGAAAUAACAUGUAAUUUAUUCUAUACUUCUGACCAGAGUGCAGCAGGGGUGAAGGAAACUAAGCCUGAGGAUAUUGGUCAAGCGUCCAUGGUCAAUACACCGGAAGGGAACAAAGUGGAUAUAGAAGCCUUCACACAGUUUACAAAAAUUAUCACCCCUGCCAUAACCCGAGUGGUGGACUUUGCCAAAAAAUUGCCUAUGUUUUGUGAGCUGCCUUGUGAAGACCAGAUCAUCCUGUUGAAAGGCUGUUGCAUGGAGAUCAUGUCACUGCGAGCUGCUGUGCGCUAUGAUCCAGAGAGUGAGACCCUCACGCUCAACGGCGAGAUGGCGGUUACGCGGGGUCAGCUUAAGAAUGGAGGCUUGGGCGUAGUCUCAGACGCCAUCUUUGACCUUGGUGUGUCGCUGUCCUCCUUUAACUUGGAUGACUCUGAGGUGGCUCUCCUACAGGCAGUCAUCCUGCUUUCAUCUGAUCGGCCGGGCCUGAGUAGUGUGGAGAAAAUUGAACGCUGCCAAGAGGAGUUCCUGCUGGCCUUUGAACAUUACAUCAACUACCGCAAACACAAAGUGGCACAUUUCUGGCCCAAGCUGCUAAUGAAGGUGACGGACCUGCGCAUGAUCGGCGCCUGCCACGCCAGCCGAUUCCUUCACAUGAAAGUGGAGUGUCCCACCGAGCUAUUCCCUCCUCUCUUCCUGGAGGUCUUCGAGGACUGACCAAUGGAUUUUAUUGUAUGUAUGUGUGUGUGUGUGUGUGUGUGUGUGUGUGUGUGUGUGUACGCACGCACAUGUAUGUAUGUGUGUGAGCGCAUACGUCAGCGCCUGGGCACCCUGGAGGUCUCAGAGGUGGAACCAGCAGAAGGCCCGUCACAAUGAACUUUGUAUUAGCACUACUGAGUGUCACUUCAUUCCAUAGUUUAGGAGUAGCUCUCUGGUAUAGUUUUGGAUGGAACCAUUCCUUACAGUGCGGGUACAUGUGAAUAGCAUUUUGUUGUUUUGGUUUUUUUUGGGGGGGGGGGUUGUUUUGUUGUUAUUGUUGUGGAUAUAACCUCUCACCUCGGAUUUUACUAUAGGUUAUUUUUGUGUUGAUGAUUGUACAGGUGGCAUAAUAGUGAUUUUAUCAACACUUGUGACCGUGCAAAUGUUGUAUUUUCCUUCCUUUAUGUUAAAAAAUUCAAAAUGGCUGCUCACCUGAUACAUAACACAAGACAUUGUUAGUCACCCGUUAGCCGUUCCCCCACCUGCUCGAUUUUAUCGGACCCAUUUGUCAGUUAAUACGUACAGGACAUUAACUGUCAUGUAGUCAGGUCAUCCAUGUGGUGAGUGUCUGAACUUCAUCAAACUGUGACCCAUUAACAGCAGCACUCAUUCUAAUGGACAGCAGCUCACAGGCCUUCAUAAGGCUUUGGGUAGCCACACGUCACAACGUUAAGUCGGAAUGCUGCGUUCCAGAGAUGUCGGAAAAAUCUGAAUUUUGCAGCUGAACAGCAACUCACGGCAGAAGUCCGAGCGAGAAACCUGGGCAAGAUUUUCCAGCAAUUAACUUUUCUGAGACACCAUUAUUUGAUGUCACAUCUACACGGCAGCGCACACUGUUAACACUAAACAACAAUAUUGUUAAACUGUUUUUCUAAUCCUCAAAACACACGGACAAGUACUUUUUUCAGUGUUGUAUACAAGCAUAGUUCUACCCAAUACUUACCUUUGUGGUAGCUACACAUGGAGUCAUUAAAUUAAAAGGUUCACUGACAGUUGCUAAAGUGCUCCGCUAACUACCUAGCAAACAUUGCUAAAUAACAUGGACAACAUUGGCUGUUUACCUACAACAGCAUAUUAGGGCCAUUACUGAAGAAGAACACAUUUUAUUCAUAUAAUGAAAGGGGAUGUUUCUAAGAUUUAUCUUGGAAAUGUAUGAGUUGUGAGUCGCUUUGGACAAAAGCAUCUGUAGAGAAUGUUUAUAUGACACGCAAGUCAGAAAUAUGCAAGCAAAAUCUGCACAUUAAUUGAACUAAAUCACAUUUCUUUUCCCUUCCACAUAGUGUUUGUUCUUGUCUGAAGAGAACAUCAAACCAAACUCCAUUCAAAAAUCUGUUCAUUAUUUGCUGAUCAAAGAGAUAUUGACUGUCUAUGGCGAACGUAUGUGACACAUUUGUAUUACCUUUCACCGAACGUUUUUUGGUUUACAGAGCUCCUACCCAACCUCUAAUGAAACAGAUUGUUUAGGGCUUAUUUCAUAACAAAUGCGGAGCUGCAACGAUAGAUCGAUAAGUUGAUCGACAGAAAAAUAAUCUGUCACUGUUUUGAGAAUGGAUUAAUUGUUCAUCUUAACACUUGGGAAAUUGUGUUGGCCAUUUUUCAGUAUAUUGUUACAAUUUUUAAAAUAAACGAUUCAAUGAUCAAGAGAAUAAUCAAUUAACGAAUUAAUUGUUAGUUGCCAUUCAUCUGCCUUUCCAAGUUCAGGCGUAUAAACAGUGCAUUAUUUAUCUUAAGCAAGCAUUUGGAAUAGCAGACGUAUUGCAGGGGACAAAUCUCUGUUCUUCCAUGGCCCUAAUACUCUGUGUUUAAAAAAAACAAAAAAAAAAAUUCUGUAUCUGUGUCCAUGUCUUUGCCUGUGGAAACACAGUGGUUAUAAUUCUAACCUACCCGCUGGUUAUUCACACUUCUGACACUGAAGGGAACGCUGCAGUAGCAUUAAAACAAGAUUGCUCAUCAUUGCCAGAGACUGGUCAGAACUAACUAAAGCACAUAAUGACACUGAUGUCAGGAAAAGACAAUCAUACAGUACUCGUUUUUGUGUAACGAUGCCACAUGCUGUGCCAAAACCAAGUGAAUGAUGCCCUCCUCAUUAAGUCCCUGCUGGACUUUCAUAGCGCUACCAAGACUUGACUGGUUAAUGUUAGUUAGUGCAUGCAGCUGACUCGUGUUUUAGUCCACGUUAUAGCAGCUUCUACAUUUACAAUACAACCAUUAUGAGUUUUAAGUGUUUCAUCUCGGCCUAUGUUGCCUCACUAGUCCCACAUACAGUGAUUUCAACCAUUUGUUUAUUUGUUUUGUUUUUUAUAACUCCCUAAAAAGGGAGACUGUAUGUUAAAACAGUGACGUCAUGGUGCUAAGGUGGGUUGGGGAAAUGGCUGAUUGAACUGUAUUGUUAUUGCAGACAUUAUCUGUUUGUGUAACAGCCCACCACCCUUAUGAUGGCAUGCAUAUACACUAACACACAAACAUGCACAUAUACAGUACAUACAGUAUACCUGUACACAUACUGUACACAUGCACAUAUAUGCAUAUAUAUAUGUGCCUCGAUAAGAUAUGGGUCAGACCCCACCACUGUGACCAACUGGUGGGAUUUGGAGGCCAAGUGAACACUGGCUGGCCUAAACACAGUAUGAUUCAUCAUCAGCAUGGUACACUGAGAAAGCUGGUGAUAUUGUGAAAACGUAGCGCUCUUUCCUUUCUUUUAUUUUAGCCGGUAUGUUCUUUUUUUUGUUGUUGUUCUUAAAGCCUCUCUAUUGUAUUGUCGUUUGCAAUGUGACAAACAUUUUGCUUUGUAUAUCUCGCUUUUUCAAGCUUCACACUACUCCUCAAAGCAGCUUGUGUUUUGUUUUGUUUUUCUGUGAAGUGAUGCCUUUUAUCAAAGCAAUAGACUUGCUGCAGUGUUUGAAUGACCCGGACCUCACACACACACCUCGCAAACUGUACAGACUCAAAAUAAAUGCACAGACAAUCAGAGGGAGAGAGAAGGGGGGAUAGGCACCCCGGCUAAGGCGGCCCGGUUGACAUGUAGAGCUGGGCCGUGCUGAGCCAGAGCCAUUUGGAAAAGUAACAUUGGCCACGUUUACAUGCACCCCUGUUGUCCACGGUCCUGUUCAGGUUAUCUUCAUGUUAAGUCGUUUGCGGGAGCCUUUGAUACCCUGUCACUGGGCCUGCCUGGUGCCAUUAAUGAACCAGUUAACGGAGUAGUCAUGGUAGAAAAAAAUACAGAAAAAAUCAAAAGGAUGUCCCAUUAGUUAUGCUCACUUUUGUUUGUGCAUGAUAAAUAUAUUGACCUAAAAUAAUGUGUGACAAGAUGAACAAAAGUUGGAAAAAGAAAGUGAAAUGACCCAACCAGGGGCUGGUUGCACAAACAUGCAUAUGUUAGACAGAUCUACGAUCUAUUUAGAGUUAGGCCAGUCUUAAUUCUGCUCUGGCCCUUUUCAACCAAACAGUCCCAGCAACUAAACUCAGGAACUAUAUGUGGACCUAAAAGUCCCUUUGGUGCAUUUGUGUUUGCAUUUUCAUUGCAUCUGAAGAAUGGUAAAGAUCAGAACAGCAAAUGACUUUAGCAAAUUACACCUAAAAAACAUUAAAACAUGCAGUGAGAUUACAACACUUUCAUCUUGGUCGUCUUUUGUAAUUUACUGUUGCAUGACUGAUGUUCUACUUUAGUGCGGAACCGCAUUCAAACAUCAAAUUGCUCUCUCUUACCUCUUUUUUAAAACUUGCAGACUAGUCUCAGGAAUUCGGCUGCAUAACUUGGUUUAAAUAUCAACAGCAUCGAAAGAAAAUCUCAUUCUAAGCCCCAAUAUACUAGCAAUAACUGCUAAUGCUUGCUUGCUUGCAGUCUAAAUGAAAGCUUUACACACGCUGUAGCAGUUUUAAAGCCUGUGCUUGAGCAGUCAGUGACAUCGGUACUUUAGCUCCACCCUGAUAGCUGCUGGACCAUUCGUACAUACUACCUCAGGAGCAGGGACUUUUGGAGGGCGCAAUCUAUGGCCCAGGAACCAAAACUGGAACACAUUCCUUAAAUCGACAUGCAAGUAAAGUUUCUGAGUUUCUGUAAAUAUUUCUUGGUCCCUUCACAGAGAAAUGGCCACAAUGAUAGUUAAGCCAUCUGUACAAAAUAAAAAUUAAGUAAUUUCAUAGCUACAUUAUUUGAUUUUGUAUUUAUUUAUUUUUGCCACUAUGGGGCAAAACUCUACAACAAGCUGACGGACACACACCCUUGUCAUUUCACUAUAUAAUGUUCACUAUAUAAUGUUGUUAAGGCUAACGUGUUAGCAAACAGUUUGCUAUUUGCACAUCAAGCAGAAACAGAGCAGCAUUAGCAUUCAAUUGAAGUUGUGUUUGUGUCCAACUGAUAAAUAUAUAUAUAAUAAAAAAAUAUAUAAGUCCAAUUUCCACUUUCCUUUUAGCUCUAGUUUGGUGUCCACCAACUCCUGAGGGAAAUAUUUGACACUUUAUCUGCUAGAAAUUAGGUUUUCGUCACCAGCUAGUUACUAACCAUUAACUCUGCAUUAUCCUCCAUCUUUUAACCCCCAACCCACCACCAGGUAUAUUUAGAACAAUUUAUGACAUCUUUCCAGUGCGCCUUCUUUUCUUUAGCUUUGUUUUAGCUGUUGCAGAUCAAAGUUUGUGAAAUAUUUUCAACCGUUCCCUUCAACGAAGUUGCAGCCAGGAGCUAACCCUUCCCUGCUAAUGGGCAGUGAGUAUAAAAUUAAGAUAGACUUCAACAAAAUCUGAACCUAUGUUUAAAUAUCAUGAGAUGGUUUCAUGAAACUGAAGAAUUUUGACAGUCUAAAUGUGACUGUCAUAUCAUAUAAGUCUACCUGUGCAGCCAGCCCCGGGUUUCUCCUAGUCUAUGAGAAAGUAUGAACUGACAAGGCUAAUGGUCUUUCAGGUAGGUCACAGGUUCUACUUCAAAAUUUUUUAAAGAUAUGUUUUGGGAUUGCGUUCUAAAAGUUUUCUGUGCCCGAGUAACUGGACAGUUUGCAGCAUGGUUAUUUCCCUUAAUGCACACUAAGUCACUAACAACAUCGUGUGCAAAACAAAACCAAAAAAAGAUUAACUUAACUACAAAAAUCUUUAAAUCCAAACAGGGUGAUAAUCUAGACAUUACAGCAGUAUCCCUUAGUCAUGACAUUUCCGCUUAAUCUCAUUAGGAACUGGCACGUCAUUUGAUAUUUAAAAAGAAUGGAUUGUUAGCUCAAACAAGGUAGUUUUUUUUCUGUAAAAGUAAUUAACCAAAAUGAUUUACAGUAAUGUCAAAGCUGCAAUAAUCCGCUUUAGUUGGAUAUUUGAUUGCAGAACACACAAUUACACACAAAUUAUGGCCUUAUAAAGGUAAUAUGGCUAACAUGUUAGCAAAUUAUUGCCUAUGUACACACCUGCAGAUGUGGAGCUAGUAUUAAUCUGGAGUUGUUUCUGCUGACAUAAUGAAUGUAAAUGUAAUAUUCACUCAGUCUCAGUGUUGUUUUUUCAACAACUUCUGAGAAAAAUAUUUGGCUCUUUAGCUGCUACUGUAAAUGCUUCAUUGUGUUCACAAGCUAGCAGCUAACUUUUUCUGUGUGCUGUUUGCUGGAGGGCAGGUAGUGUACAGUUGGCCAGUAAAGGAGAUGAUAAGAAUAUUGAGACAUAACUGAAACAGUUCAGUUGUGGGCCAUAACACCAAAACAAUGAGCUGAAAGAUGAUUAAAUGCUCCAUAGAGCUGAAGAGCUUUGCUCUAGCAACUAGAAGUGACCUCUUCACAUUACAUCAUUGUUAAUUUAAAAUUAAUAAUCAGUGUAGCUUUGAGUUAAAAAAAAGAAAAAAAAAAAAGAAGAAGAAGCUCAAACAUUUUUCUUCAGCAAAUUACAUUAAAAUACUAAUUAUAGUAAGCAUUACAAAUCUUAACUUUUCUUAGUCUAUGAUAUGAAUGUGUUUUUUUGUAGGGUAUGUAUGAAGUGGAGUAAAUGGCUGUAAGAAUAGGUAGGAUUUUUACACGUCACCCACUUACUUGAAUUAUCAUAUGCACAGAGCUGUUGGUGCAUGUAAACAUAGUCAAUGCUGACUGCUGGUUCAGAAAAUGUUUACUGUUCCUGAAGAGGUGCCAGUACGCUGUUAUCUCUCCCGCGAGUUGUUACUCUUAAGGUUACUCAGUUACAAACCAAUAAAAAGAGUUGCACCAUAGAAAAGCUAUUUUACAGUACAAAGGAAAAAGGAUGUAUAUUUUCAGACUGCAGAUUUUUUUUUUACGGAUGUUAGCAUAAUAUGAACAUGAAAUUGUUUUUGCAUAGUGUUAAAAAAAAAUACAAUAUCUUGCUCUCAAAUCUAUGUCCACAUCUCUGUAAAAGAACUAUGAGCAAGACAUAAUCAUAAUCUUAAAUUAGUGCAUUAGUUCUACAAUUGACAUCAAUUAUUACUGUAGCUGGGAUUCACUGUCAAUACAAAGCAGCACAGCUACACAUUCAAGGAAAACGUCUUGGUCAGUAUAACCAGCAUCAGAGUCAUCCACAGUUAACACAGAUUUCUCUCCUUGUGUGUUUGAGUGUCUUCUUGUUCAACUCAUCAGUUCAAAACGUACUGGAAAACCGUCACAGAGAAAGGGAGAUAAAGUGUGUAAAGUGUAGGAGUAAAUCUGUGGCAGCAAAACAGAAGAUGAGAAAAAUGUUGUUCCAAAUUUGCUGUCUUGCAGUCCGCAUUUUACUGGAGACAUUAUCCGGUAAUCCAUUGUUCAGCUUUGACAUGAGCAUGGAAGACCUCAAGAGGAAAUGAUUGAUGAUGAUUGCAGCUAAUGUGAACUGGCUCUUCAGAAUAAAGAUGGUUUUGAGAGAA